AUCGAUUGCAGACGACUAUGACUCAUUCAGCUUCACUGAAAUUUUGAAUCGAGUGCAGACAGAAAUAAAAGUUUCCGCGCUUUCUUUGUACAGAUUUUCAUCGACAACGAUAGUUUUAGCUCUAGAUUCAUCUUGCAGUGUUGCGUUCCCCUCAACUUCAAAUUCAAAAAAUGGCCUUGUUAUCCAACGUACAUUCCGGAUUGAGCGACCCAACCACAACCCCCCAAAAGAAGGUGCACAUCACCAACAGCUAUGUGUAUUAUCAUUACAAGUGUGAUGGUUACAAUGACGUGGGAUGGGGCUGUGGUUAUAGGACACUGCAAACUAUUGCCUCCCACCUUUCACUUCAAGAUAAGCAAGGUAAAGCUGUACAGGUUCCAACUCUCAUGAAAAUUCAAGAAACAUUAGUUGAAAUUGGAGACAAGGAACUAUCUUUUAUAAAAUCAAGAGAAUGGAUUGGAAGUUUUGAGGUUUGUUUAGUAAUUGACAAGCUAUAUGAUGUUCCUUGUAAAAUUCUUCAUUGUCCUUCUGGUGGAAUGACAAGCAUUUUUCCGAAAUUGGAAGAACACUUUGCAAAAUCAUCAUCCGCCCCGCCAAUUAUGAUGGGAGGUGACAGAGACGCUUCGUCUAAAGGUGUUUUGGGCACCUGUUCUGUUGACGAUGACCGCUGGCUGCUGGUGUUGGUACGAAAAAGAUGUCGAGAUAUUUAUGCAUGUAGCGCAAUGUUUGUAUUAUACUCCAUAUUUUUUCUUGCUGGUGUAGGAUCCUCAUUACCAAGGAGGCCAAACAUCUGCUGCCAAACUUCAGAGAGAAGGAUACAUCAGAUGGAUACACUUGAGUGAGUUUGAUAAGCAAUCAUUUUAUAACAUAUGUCUUCCCCAAUUCAGCAACGUCUUAUGUACAAUAUGACAUGUCUGUUAUGUAUAGAAAAUAUGAAAAUACGCAUUAGGUAAUUAAGUAUCACUUUAAGGUUGAUGCAAUAAUAAGCUUAUUUAAUUAUUUG